UAUUUACUUAAAGUCAUGGGUCAACUGUUCUCUUUGACAACUAAUGAACAGGAUGAAGAUUUAUCCUCCAGCUUUGCAAAAUAUUUUAAGAAAUUUAAGACGGGACACAAAAUCAUUUCUGAGGAAACCAUCACAUUGGUUAAAUUAAGCAUGACAAAAGGGAACAUUCACGGGGCAAACUCUGCAAUCAGUGAGGCACUAAGAGAAAUCGAUGGUACACCGCUCAAUGUUGCAGUCACCGGGGAGUCUGGAUCAGGAAAGUCCAGUUUCAUCAAUGCCCUGAGAGGCAUUGGGCAUGAAGAGAAAGGUGCAGCUGAAAUUGGGGUGGUGGAGACAACCAUGUGGAGACACAAAUACCAACACCCCAGUAUGCCCAAUGUGGUUAUUUGGGACCUGCCUGGGAUUGGAACCACAAAUUUCCCACCAAAAACGUAUCUAGAAAAGAUGAAAUUCUAUGAAUAUGACUUCUUCAUUAUUAUUUCGGCCACCCGCUUUAAGAAAAAUGAUAUAGACCUCGCCAAAGCAAUCAAUAUGAUGAACAAGGAUUUCUACUUUGUGAGAACCAAGGUGGACUCUGACUUACGAAAUGAAGAGAACACCAAACCACGAUCCUUUGACAGAGAAAAAGUCCUGCAGAACAUCCGCCUUAACUGUGUGAAGCACUUCAAGGAGAAUGGCAUGGAUGAGCCACCAAUCUUCUUGAUCUCUAACAUAGAUCUUUCUGACUACGAUUUCCCAAUCCUGAUGGACAAGCUGAUAAGUGAUCUCCCUGUAUACAAGCGACACACUUUUAUGCUCUCCUUACCCAAUAUUACAGAUUCAGCCAUUGAAAUGAAGAGACAAUGUUUGAAGCAGAGGAUUUGGCUCGAAGCCUUCGGGACUGACCUACUGAGAAUCAUCCCUUCACUGACCUUCCUCUUGGACAGUGAUUUGGAGACUCUGAAGAAAUGCCUGAAGUUCUAUCGCACUGUGUUUGGGGUGGAUGAUGCAGCUUUGCAGAGUUUAGCUAAGGACUGGCAAAUGCCGUUGGUUGAGCUCAAGGCCAUGAUGAAAUCUCCUAUCAUGUUAAAACCUACAGAUGAAGAAACAAUACAUGAAAGGCUUUCAAGAUAUUAUCAUGAUUACUGUUCGGCUAAUGGAUAUUUACUUACUAAUAAUCGUGAUCUUAGAGAAAUAUCUUACCUGAAAUACUAUUUCCUUGACAUAGUGACUGAGGAUGCUAAAACUCUUCUUAAAGAGAUAUGUGUAAGAAACAAGUUGGUUUCUAAUUAGCAAGAAGUUGUGUGGCUGUCAAAAAAUCAGGAUCGAUGACAGAAAAAUAGGAUGGUGAUAUUGGAAAAAAAUAUACUGUGUUUAUUCAAGCUAUUCAGACUUUAUCCAUAUUUAGUGAUUACAUAUCCACACUAGCUGCAGCAAGGGGAUCAGAUUUGUAUAAAUAAGGUGAUAACUAAAAACUGUCUCCUCACUUUAAGUAAACUCUCAGAUCAAGUAA